AUGGUUCUGGGUCACCGGAAGAGCUCGCUGUCCCAAAGUAACCGGGCGUCCGGUGAGGAGACGCGCAGCGAUGUCGAGGAGGACGAGACCGUCGUGUCCUCGGAGCAGGGCUCAGUCCUGUCCCAUAUCAUCUCACAACUGCGUCCCGGCGCCGACCUGUCCCGCGUGACUCUGCCUACCUUCAUCCUCGAGCCGCGAUCAAUGCUGGAGCGCAUCACCAACUUCAUGGCGCAUCCAGAGACCCUACUGCCCAUGCCGGAGAUCGAAGAUCCCAUCCAACGUUUUGUGGCCGUGACGAAGUUUUACCUCUCUGGCUGGCACAUCAAGCCACCAGGAGUCAAGAAGCCACUCAACCCGAUCCUGGGCGAGACCUUCUCCGGCUACUGGGACUACCCAGACGGCACGCGAGGAUACUACAUCAGCGAACAGACCUCACACCACCCGCCCAAGAGCUCCUACUUCUUCAUGGCACCCGAGCACCACAUCCGCAUCGACGGCACACUCAAACCACGCAGCAAGUUCUUGGGAAACAGCGUUGGAUCGUUUAUGGAGGGCAUUGCAGUAAUGCGAUUCUUGAACAGAGAGGAGAGAUAGUGAGGCAUUCCGGCGGUCCCGCUCGUGUUGCUACGAGACUGACUUUUCUGCAGCUUCAUCACGCAGCCAAACAUGUAUGCGCGCGGCAUCCUCUUCGGCAAGAUGAAGUACGAGCUGGGAGACCAUGCGACAGUGAAGUGUCCGGAGACGGGCUUGGAAGUUGACAUUGAAUUCAAAGUAAAAGGCUGGGUCGGAGGCGGAUACAAUGCCAUUGCGGGCUUCAUCAAGGACGGCAAGAGCGGCAAGAAUCUAUACGAAUUGAGCGGACACUGGCACGGCGAGAUGUUGAUCAAGGACCUCGCAACGGGCAAGAAAGAGGUGCUCUUCGACGCCACACACGCCAAACCCUCGAUACCGAAGAGCAGACCACUGGACGAGCAAGCUCCUCGCGAAAGCCAGAAGCUCUGGUACAGCACCACUCAGGCCAUCAAGAAGGCCGAUCAGAAGACGGCCACGGACGAGAAAUCCAGGAUCGAAGACGAGCAGAGGAGAGAAGCUGCUGAGAGAGGCGAGACUGUAUGGAGGCCGAAGCUUUUCAAGCCGGCACCACCGGGCGAUGAGCAACAAUUGGACUGGAUCAUUGAUGCACACGUGGACGACAAGGGACCACCAGAGAAGCAGAUUGAACAGAUCCUUGCCAUUGCGCCCAUAAUACCUGGACAAAGCGCGUCCGAGGGGUUCCAACAAGAACAUGCACUCCCUUCGCAGCAAGGCAAAGCCCCGUCACAGGUGCAACCACAAGACCAGAAACCAGGUCCAUCACAAGGCGAUCUGAUUGACUUUGGUCAAAACGAAGCUCCUUCGCAACCAAACGCACCGGCGGCGGCAGGAUCGAGUGGCCUUCAACAGCCACUUCGACCCACGAAGUCACAGCGGGGAGGUCCGAUCAAGCGGUCGGAUAGCAUGGGCGGCGAGGAGGUUUUCAUGGAUGCGGAGUCAUGA